UCGAGCUUCAAGUUUUUGGUUAUUUCAAAUUUAAGAAAAGUAAUAAUUUGAAAAUAAUGUUGAAAAUAUUACGAAGUGUUAUCUACUGCCCCCAACCGUUACUUCCAAUACAGCAUAUUCGGUGUGUUCAAAUAAAUAGAAAUUUCACAACUAAUGAUGGACCUGUAAAUGAAAAACAAAUAUUAGAAAAGCUUCGACGAAAAUUUCCGAGUGCAACCAGUAUAAAUGUAGAAGACACAUCUGGAGGUUGUGGAGCAAUGUUUAAUGUAUCUGUUGAAACUUCAGAAUUCAAGGGUUUGUCAGUGGCUAAACAACAUAGAAUAGUUUAUGAUGCAUUGAAAGAUGAAAUCAGUAGAAUACAUGGUCUACAUUUGGAAACAAAAACUAAAUAGUUUUUUUUGUGUAUAUAAAUUGUAGAAACGUUUUUAUUUGUAUAUAAAAGUUUAGUUAACGGAAAUUGUUUUCUUUUCUAUAUAAAGUAGUUUUUGGUUAUAUAAAGGUAGGUAAAAACAGAAGCAUAUUUUAUAGGACCAAAAAUACUCAGCUUAUUUUGAGAUUUCACUUCAGCUUCUGCAAUAUAGUUCAAAGCUCAUUAGAUUGCACCCCUAUUUCAAAAAUACCAAAAGCUCAUAAAUGUUAAUUUUAUAGGAAAGCCAAAACAUAAACGAUUGUGAAUGAAAUGUUUUCUUUAUCAGUUAAUUCGGUGUUCAUACAAUUUGAAGAUAUCCUUACUGAUUAGAGAUGUAAUAUG